UUAAAAUUGGGCUCCUGGAUUAUUUUCAUUGCUACAUAUUGUUUCCUGUAUUUAGUUGUUACAUAUUGUUUCCUGUAUAUAGUUGUUACAUAUUGUUUCCUGUAUAUAGUUGCUACAUAUUGUUUCCUGUAUAUAGUUGCUACAUAUUGUUUCCUGUAUAUAGUUGCUACAUAUUGUUUCCUGUAUAUAGUUGCUACAUAU